UCCCACUGCACAGAGUAAAUCCAGAGCCUGCAGUAGUGCACGAUCCCUCUAACCAAAAAGAUCCAUAUUACAGGCAGAGAGGACAAAGGGACCAAUCUGCCAGGCAGAGAGGACAACUUCAGAAAACCUGCGGUGGACAAGAGAGCAAGGGUCAAAAUCUACGAGGCACUGAAAAAAAAAAUCGCCUUGAGCUGAGCAGCAGCUGGUCCCAAGCUUGAAAGCAGCAGGAGAGGAGACAGAAGAGAGGCUGGGAAGAGAAGAGGAGCCAAGAAAAGUGACUGGAAUGAUAAGAUGAGAAGCAGGCAUGUGCUGCUGAAGCUCCCCCCUCAUGAGGCCCUUCUGGAACUCCUUCUUGUGCUCUCGCUGGGGUUGCAAGUCCUGGCAGUAUGCCCUUCUAUGUGCACCUGUAGUCACAGCCACCGGGAGGUAGACUGCUCCUGGAGGGGUCUGAGACAGUUGCCAGUCAGCUUGCAGCACAAUAUACAUUCCCUAAACUUGUCCCACAACCGGUUCCACAACCUGGAUGGCCAGCUCUCCACGUACACCCAUCUACGCUUCCUGGAUUUGUCUCACAACCGUCUGAGCCACCUGCCAACUGGCUUGCCUCGAUCUCUCUGGAACCUCUACGCCUCCUUCAACCGGCUCCAGCUACUGGACAAGAAUGACACGGUCUACCAGUGGAACCUGCGUAUGCUUGACCUCUCUUACAACAAGCUUGAGCGGGCCAUCUUCAUUAACAACACCCUGAUCAAUCUGUGCAUGCUCAACCUGAGCCACAAUCACUUCCGGACUUUACCCACCAACUUGCCUGCACAAUUGGAGACUAUCGACCUGUCCCACAACUUACUCGUAAAGGUGCUAGCUGGCUCUCUGGACCGGCUUAUCAGGCUAACCCAUUUUUAUCUGCAUGCUAACAGCUUUGCCUCGCUGCCAUAUGGAUUGUUUGACAAGUUGGUGUCACUUAAAGUCAUUACCCUUGGGGAUAACCCAUGGGACUGCCAUCUUUACGCGGAUGUCGCCUACCUACUCUCUUGGUCGCAGCGCACCCCUGUACACAUCCUGGGCUGCCCCUGCCACACCCAGCCUGUCUGCGGAGAGUUGCGCCCUAGCAGGACUGGAGGGUGGCACUUUGCCUCCUACAACCUCCCCCCCUUGGCAGCAAGUGCUCAGGACCAGGGCUCCAUGCCUCCAGAAGAAGCCAGCGUCACUGAUUGGUGGUACUUGUCUGUCUCAUCUAUGCUGAGCACUCCCAACACCUCGGAAGAGAUUCUGAACACCCAGCACAAUAACUUUAGAACCACUCCCAUCAGCCCCUUAGCACCAAGAAGCACAGGCAAACACCGAACUAUCAACCACCUUUCUGUUGCAGAGCAUAUGCUACAUCCUGAUUCCCAUCUUGUCUCUGGCACAACUGCUGAUUCCCUCCACACUACUGACAUCUCCUCAGUUUCUGACACCAGCUUCAUUACUUCAACUCCCAACAGAGCUGACACGACUCCUGCAACAGGCCGCUACAUCACAACAGAGAGCUCCACCACACAAACAAAGAGAACAACCACGCUUCGCACGAGGAGUGUGAGACGGCAGAAUCCUUCUAGUCCUCGUGGCAUCAGCAACAGCAGCCCGGCUCACGCUACGUGCUCCUUGCAUACCCUCCUGCACAACCUGGUGCUUCUGUUUCUUAUUCUGCAACCAGUCCUAUGAAAGACAAAGAGAAAACAAUUGACAGCAUGGUGUUCUGCCCUGAAUCCAUAGCACAAACAAAGUGAGCACAAGACGUUUGACUGUUGUUUGUAUGUAAUGCAAGAUGUCACAGCAAAAGGCUCUUUACAAUACAAAGCCUUUAUGAAAUGUUUCACAACUCUUGCUAGAUUGCAUUUGAUAGGAUGCUACUUUAAUGAUACUUGGUAAAAAGAAAUAUUAAAAAAAUGCAUUUCCUGUUUGAAUGAACAUUUUUCCAAACCUCAACACAAAAGUCCAGUUUACUAUUUUACAGUGUUGUAAUGAUUUUAGCUUAGCACAUGGUGGCACUAUACAUUCAGGUAUCAUGGAGCUGAAUGUUGCCUGGAGCAGAUGCACUCUACACGUUUUAACCAAGAGAUCGCUGUGACAUGCAAACAAAUCUACUUUUGCAUUUUCCCAUUUUUUUUCAACAACUAUUGUCUUGAUUUGACUGCUGCUGUCUUGGUAGUAUAUCUCUUAAAUUCAUGUCAAUGCAUUGGCUUCUAAUAAAGGGAAUAAGUAAAAUAUUGGAUUGACAUAUUAUGAGCCUUUUACCCAUUUGAAAAGAUGUCCUUUAUGCCUGCUUGCCUGUCUCCCUUUCUCUCUAAGCAGAGUAGCAGUUUACACUGGGAACAGGGUGUACAUAAGAAACUUGUAAUGACUCUAAAAUAAGCACUGAUUUGAAGCAAAGGGGAACAACUGGACAAUGUUGUGCCACUCUCUUUGUUAAACUCUGAGUACUUCUUCUGUAUUUUGAUCACAUCUCAGACUUAAGUGUCCUUCAUGGUUCAGUGACGCUGGUGAAAAUGAUCUGCAUGGUGAUUGAACGUUCCAGGAAUGCUAACCUAAUGCUAUAUUACUGCAGAGCAUUAAAGCUCAGACAUGCUCAGCUUCUUUAGAUGAAAUGUUAAGAUAUUCCAUAUUGCAUUUGGGGUACAUAAGCGGGAUGUUCCAGCCUACAGGUUUUAUAUUUUUGAAGAACAUGCAAAGGUGCUUAAAAUAUAGGGAAUGCAUCUCAACAGACUUCUUUGAUAAAGUAAGAAUUAAGUGAAAUAAAAUGUGCUGAGGUGUCA